GUCCCUAUCUGUCAUGGUUGGCAGUGGAGGCAAGAGGCAAGAAGUAUCUCACUUGACAUUCCUACCUACCUGUGGCCUUCUAAAGAGCAAAAGCAGAUGACAACCAGUCCUCCUAAUAGGCGAGGAAAGGGAGCUCCAACUGAUGAACUAAGAACGAAGCGUUGCUAUCACAUUGAAUACUUCCUUUUACCAGAUGAUCUCGUGCCUAGAAAAAUGGAUUUGAUGGUGUUUGGGACGGUAGCAAAGCUAUUUGCAGAGUCUGAUUCCAAGACUAUUGUGCCAUGGCUUGAAAAUGACCAGAUGUGGAUCUCGUGGAACCAUAAUACAAAUGUCAAUGUCACUAAUGAAUUUCUAAUAAAAUUAAGAGAUCAUAAAAUAACCUUAAAACUUUGGGACACCAAGGACAAGGUUUUCUCAGAAGCAAGGCUUAGUAAACCAGAUGCUUCCUCAACAGAAAGAGAUGCAGAGUCAGUUGGUGGAGUAAAACACACAGUACUGCUGCAAAGAAAAUUGUUUGAAGGGAAUCAGCCAGCACCCAGCUGUACAAAAAUUAGAGAAGCAAAGGAAUCCAAGGCACAGAAAAAGUCUUCAGCCCUUCCAGUCAAAGAAGAAACUGAUCAGAGAGAACUAGGAACUUCAAGUUAUAAUGUACUACAUCCUUCAGAGGCAGAUGACUUCCUUACAGUAAGAAACAGAUUUGAGGGUAAGGCCCAACUUCUGAAGCAGAAAGCAGUUGCUGCUCCUUUGCAUAAUACAACUUCAGAAGAAACUGAGAAAACAGCCAACAAUGUGGGAAUUCUGAUGUGUCAAACAGACAAGACAGCUACCUUGAAUGGUAGAAAGGAUCCUGGUGCUAAAAAGGACAUGGGUACUACUAGGGCAAACAUUGCUUUGCUGCAGUUGGAUCUCAUGCCUCUCCUCUCAGGAGAAAACUCAGUGAUCAGUCGACUGGAAGAAAACAGUCCUAUUCUUUCAGAUGCUUAUGUGUCUUUCACUGUAGAAACACCUCUUCUGUCUGAAAGACAAAGGCAUGAAUUAAAUCCACUGGUUAUAAAGAUUUAUUCAGCUACCAGCCUCCCAAACACACCUAUACCAAUAGAAGAGCUACAGAGACUGUGUGUUCCUACCUAUUGCAAAUACAAAUUUCACAAUUUUCCAGCUCAUCAGACUCAUGGACGAAUCCAUGGAACUCAUGUCUACUUUAAGGAUGUUAAUGUAUUUUUAACAGGAACAAUGAAACCUGGGGAGUUAGAAAGGUAUCUUAGAGGUCCACCUUUGGAGAUUGAAGUUCAUGAUCGGGAUAGAAGGAUUGAAGACAACAAAAAAAAGCCAUAUUUAUUUGGGGAGGCUCAAGCUGAUGAAAAUCUGGGAGAGGUGAGGCCCCUUGCUUGCAAAUCCACAAUAUGUAAUUCUUCUACAGAGAAUGAAACGUGGCAUCCACAUGGGGUAGCUAAAGUAAGUCUAACUGAUCUAUUGUUGGGUAAAAAGUACGUGACUAUUAGUGCACCCAUUCGUAGCUGUUCAACUCCAAAUACAUCUGCUUUCGAUAAAGAGGAUAAAAGUAAGAAGAUAAGGAAGAAGCAUCCACAGAUUCUGUUACCUAUGGGACAUUAUCUACAAUCAGACUCACUUUUGAAAGUGAGAGUGGAAAUAGCAGUGCCAUUGAGAAUGCAUGCAGAAAGUGAUGAUGCUCAAGUGGCAGAUUGCCCAUACAGUUGUAUAAUUUACAUUUUUGACUACAGUAAUUCAUCUUUAUUACGUGAUUUGGUGGAAGAGAUUACAGAAAUCAAUGCUAAAGCCCUUCAGCUGGACUGUUAUCCUCCACACGUAAUCAGAAUGACUCUUGAUACAUUAAAACUGAAAAGCACACUAGAGAAGGCUUCUGAAUUAGAUAUUGUUACUGGCUAUCACCUACUGGAUGGAGCUUCUCAUCUCUUUGUCUUGGAGGGAUUAAAAGACAAAGCCAUCAGGAGACUCUGGGAUAGGCACUUUGAAAGAGCUUACAGACGUGAAGAUGGACAACUGGAAAUACUGUAUGAUUCACAGCUGUCUUUCAGUCAGCGCCUGUAUACAGACCUGGAAGCAAUCUUUUAUCAUUUCCACCUCUGUAAGCCCCUCUUCAGUAUAGCAAAACAGCCUCUGCUUUAUGUCAGAGGAGCAGUUCCUUGGGCAUGUUUCCAAGCCUUGUCCAGGCUCAGUUACCUCUGUCACAGUAAGAGGUUGAGGGAUGUUAUUCAGGGGGAGCUGCUGCCCUCGGCAGAAAUGAUCACAGCAUUGAGUCGAGAGUAUGGAGCUCCAUUAACUGAUGAGGAUCUCUUCACUCAGAAGCCUCCUUUACUCUCAUUUUCCUCUGACUAUGCGCCACCAGGAGAUGUUAGCAGAGAGAAAAAGACAGGAUAUUCUUCAUUAGAUGACUACAGUGAAAAAUACGUGCAGUGGAAGAAGGAAGUAGCAGACAAAAAGUCUUUUGAGAGAAACCAUGUUAGGGCUAACAUUGAUGCUGUGUGCCAGCUUAAAGGAAAGAUGAAGAAGCUGAAGUUUGAAGCUUUCAGAAUUUCUCCUGCUGAUGGCAAAUCUGUUUACAAUUAUAGCUCUCAGAGCCUGAAUUCUGCAGAACUUGCAAAGGAGCAUCUUCGCCGGGAAAUGGCAAAGGAGCCAAAAACAAGGUUCACUUACUGUCACGAGUACCUUUCAGCCAUGUUUGACCCAGUUGAUGUGGUUACUGCCUGUAAGGAGUCCUUUGCAAAAUCCAGGAGUAUGUGGCUGUCGCCAGAUGGAUUUGUAUUUCCUGGGCUUAAGAGCAGCAUUGAAAGCAACCUGCACCCUCAGAUGCCUGAUGAGGCACGUGUGGAGGAGUUACAAGAGAAAUGGCAGGAGAAUGCUCUGUAUGCUAACAUGGAGCCGGUGCUGCCACGGGGCAGAUGGAGCUGGGACAAACGGCAUGUUGACUUCGAGCUCUACAAGAAGCCACCUGAACCCCCCCUGACAACAGCCUCACUGUCAGCUGCUACUCGUUUUGUGCAAAAUGCAUUUGAUGAUACCAAGCUGAAAGUUCACCGGUGCUCCGCAGCAGCUGAGUUACGCACACGUGGGCCAGGAGCCAGUUCUCAGCUACAGAAGCUGCAAGGGCUUCUGAAAGAUGAGCCUCAGAAAUUCUCACUCAGGAAGCCAGGACUAGUUCUGCAGCCUAUCCCAGCCCUGUCAGUGUUACAGAACAGCUCAGAUGUCCUGCCAAGAAAGAAGAGUGUUUGUAGUGGCUUUGUACCAGGCCUUCAACACUGCCACAGCCUGAAGUGGAACGAGAACAUUAUUAUUCCCUGUCACAACAGAGAGCAUAAGAAGUUUGAAAACAAAAGGCGCAGAUUUCAAGUAAGUUUACUUGGCUCUAAACAAUCAGUUUACAAGAGUGAGCAAGCAGCAAGCAGAAGCACUACUACCUGUACACAAUGGAAAGACCCUCUCCAGAAUGAUAUUCUGGAUGCAGGUAACUCAGUGAGUACAGAGAAUGUGUCACAGGACAGAAGUGAUGUGCUGAGCUGAUGGGUAACUAGAUUAUAUUUGGGGUUCCCAGGAGAGUAAAUGUGUACCUUGUCAUCAUAUCUGAAUAAUGUUCAUGAAAAUUCUGUUGUCCGUGACAUCACCAUCCUGGACAAGGCAAUGACAAUUGUAGUUGGCCCUGCUGGCCACAGUGCUUUGAACAAAAUCAGCUCCUGAGGUCCUUUCCAAACUAAAGGGUCCUCAUCCUUCAAGUCUUUCAGUGCUUCUCUGAAGGCCCGUAAGUCAUGGAUUUAAGCUUAAAGAACCACAUCCUC